AUGGCUGACGUCCCUGAAUAUGCAAAACGCAACUUAUUAAAUUUGUUUGGCCAUCUGUGUCAGUGUCUUUUUCCUGAAGCUGGCUACCUCCUGUACAACUACUGUGCCAAAGCACCCUUCAUCACUACAGAUUGGUUUGAGAAGUCAGAGUCUCAAAGGGUCUCCAUUACUUACAGCUGCUGGACCAGUUUGAGCUGGAUGGGAGAGGCCGACUUGUGGCGGGCACAUCGGCUCAUUCGACCUCUGCACAGAUGCCACUCCCAGAAGAUCCAGAAGCAAUGGAAGAACUGGCGAUAUGUUCCUUGGAAAAGUAACAGCACUAGUCUUGGGAUGACUCCAGAUGCGCUCCGAUGUGAAAUCAUUGUACCUAUGUCUGCAAGAAGGCCUGGAGGCUGGUUAUCCCUCUCCUGA